AUGCUCUCCUGGAGUGCCUUGGCGGCCUUCAUGGUGUUGCAGCUUCUGGGUCUGCCUAGGAGUUUGGAGGCCGCUGCCACGCCUCUGGUUGUUCCUCCAAGCCAGUCUUGGGAUGGAAAUGAUGGGCCAUGGUCAAGUUUUUUUCUUCGGGUUGGGACACCGCCUCAAAGCGUUCGGGUCAUGGUUUCAACUGCGAGCAAUCAGCCUCGUGGAGCACUCUUCCAAAUCAAUGGAUCGUCGUCCUAUUAUGUCCCAUCGUGGAUUCACAACAACUCGCCUGAGGGUAUAUUUUCCCUGGGCAUUGACACCAAUCUUGGGUAUUCAGGCAAUGGAGUAUAUGGCUAUGACAAUGUCUCCCUCGGCGACUCUUUACCGGCCUUGGGUGAUCAAGUUGUUGGAGGAAUCACAACGAAGGACUUUUUUCUGGGACUGCUUGGUGUGAACCCUGCUGCCACCAACUUUCCCUACAUGACUAGCCCAGUUCCAAGCUAUCUGUCGACCCUAAAAGAACAGAACUUCAUCCCCUCUCUGUCGUACGCCUACACCGCGGGAAAUCAAUACCGAUUUAACAAGGUCUUGGGGAGCCUCACUCUUGGUGGAUACGAUGCCUCACUAUUUGAACCCAAUGAGCUCACCAUGGCUUUUGGUUCUACUUCUGACCUGACGAUCAAUGUCAACAAGAUCACAAUGUCCUCUAAAAAUGGGAACAAGACACUUGGUUCAACAUCGUUUUCAGCAUCCAUUGACUCUACUAUGCCCUAUCUCUAUCUCCCCGAGGAAGUUUGCCAGCAGUUUGAGGAUGCUUUCGGUAUUGUUUAUGACACUCCUAGCGGACUCUACCUUGUCAACGACACAUUGCAUACACAAUUACUGUCAGAAGCGGCAAAUAUUACUUUCACUUUGACCGACGAGAAGUCAAAGGUGCUGGUGGAUAUUGUACUUCCUUAUCAAGCUUUCGACUUGGUUGCGCAGUGGCCUUUGGUUCAGAACGACACGAGAUAUUUUCCUCUCAAGAGAGCUGCAGACAACAAUCAAACUACGCUGGGACGAGCAUUUCUCCAAGAAGCGUACCUCAUCGCAGACUACGAGCGCUCAAACUUCUCUGUAUCUCAACGAAAAUGGGAUGCGAAUGCGAAAUCGAGUAUUCAGGCUAUUUCACUGUCUUCAGAUACCUCGACUACGCACAAGAAAACCAGUGUUGGACUUUACGCCGGUAUUGCAAUUGGCAUCGCUGUCUUGCUCACUGUGCUCGUUGCUGGAUUUAUCAUUUUGCGCAAGAAAUACAGAAACACAAGAGACAUACGUACAGAAUUACGAUCAAUGCCAGCCCAUUCGCCAAAGCCUUCUCAACCAGGAUCUUCCCUAGCGCGGUCUUCACUGCCAUCGUUUUCCCUUAGUUCGAACUCUGAGCCGCUAAAGCGGGAUGAUUAUCAGUACCAACCAGUCAUGGUAUCGCCGUCAUUGACCUACUUCAGUGGGAGCGAGUUGGAUGCAGUAAGCACCGAGCUCCAGAGUCCGGAAAUUGAAGGGAAGAAGGAUUACUUUCAAUCGUAUCCGGGAAGAUCGAUAUCUGCAAGAUCGGCGGAUACACUGAGUGUUAUCCACGAACUUCCUGCGAGGGAGUUAGUUCAUUUUGAUAACAUGUCGGGUCAAGGGAGGAGCGGGAAAUGGAACGUCACAGCCAAGAGCGCUGUGGUAGCGCAGGUGCAAGACGACGUUUCGGUACAGGUGGGACUUUUAAACUACCCUCCAAUGGCCAUCCUGUGGUCCAUGGUUGAAUUCGACUUCUCAGGAUUUCUCAACCAGGAGGUGAGAGGCGAUAGUCCAGGGCGAUUCUUCGGCGAGAGCAAGACUGUAUCCAAACCGAACCCUUAUCUGAAGACUCACGAACCAGGGGCCGCAAAGGCGAAGGGCAGUCCCGACUAUCAAGCCUCAGGAAGGCUUUUAAAGACACUUUUAUCUUGCCAGCCACUUCAGUCUGAAGCCCCACACCAACAAACUCCUUUUGGAGCACACAUAUCUGAUAUUUAUUUCAUCCCAAAAAGCCCACGUUUCAAAACUAUAUAUAUUUACUCAAGUACAACCAACCGUACUCGCACGGGCACUGGUCAAUCCAUCUAG